UCUGAUAUGAGGUGAAAGAACGAAAAAAGAGUUGAGAGACACGCAGAGUUAGAUCAGAAUAACGGAGUCAUAAUUUUGACUCCUCCCAGAGGGCAACGCAGUUAAGUUUCGUUUUGUCCACCAUUACACCUUACACCGAUGGUCAUUUCACCUGCAACCGGUCUGGAGAAAAGUCUGCUAGGAAAAUAACAAAGAUGGAGGCAACUGUUAGGGUGAAAUAUAAGGACAGAAAGAAGUACUUCUUCCUAACAUCACCUUUUAAAUUCGAAGUCUUUUUGGAAAGUGUUGCCAAGAAGUUUGAUCUACCCACCCUGGAUAUUAAAGUCUAUGAUGAAACCAGGACCGAAAUCGAUGAUGAGGCAUUCGAAUACAUUCUAAAACAACAGGAUAUUGGGGUCUUAGAAAUUGGGAUCCCAACAGCAAGUGCUGAUGAUUCCUUCAGUUCUAGCACGAUUGGGGAUGGUGAGGCUUCCUUCAGUUCUGGUACACUUGGCGAUGGUGAGCCUUCAUCAGGAUCUGAUGACACAGCAAUCGUGAUCAGAAAUCCCUCAGAAAAAAAACAUGAAGAGGAUCGCCGUCUGGGUCGAAUGAUUGAGGACAUCCUCAAGAGUAGCCCUGGAGGUGAUAAGAUCACACAUGAGUAUGCUCGCACAAAAACAUUGUCAGAUGUCAGAAGACGUGACCUAGUGAAGAUACUAGUUGCACAUCUGACAAAUGAGCAUGGCACAAGCCCCCCUAGGAGAUUGAAGGAGGAAUACGCCAAAGGAAUCAUCUGCCUUUUUCCUUACUUGGCUGACCCCCGGAGCAAGCUUGGCUAUGAACAUUUUUAUAAUGCUGAAGAUGGAAGUGGGUAUUUGGCUUGGAGAAUCAAAACUCUGCAGAAAGAGGUGUCCGAGGGGCGAAUGAAACGGCCACGACAACUUCAAACAGGUGGGCCAACUUCACACAGGGACCCAUUGAAAGAAGACAUCCAGUGGGACGAACAGCAGUGUCAAGAAGCAAUUGCCCUGAUGAAGCAUUCUACAGAUGAAGUUGUAGUGAAGGAGAAAAUGAGGCUAACCCUGGCCUAUCGUCAGAAGUUGCUGCACGAUCCUGAGAACUCAGCCGACAUCCUAUCUGUUUUUCCUCGUUUCUUGGACAUUCCAGGUUUGAUUGAUCAAGAUUUCAGGAGUCUUUUUGGUGACGCAACCUCUGCAAAGAUGUUGGAGAAGUGGACCACCAACUUUCAAGCAAAGGUUGUUACUCAGUGUCGUGGACUUACACUGACUGGAGAUGUACAAGACCUCAUCCAAAAUGCUGAAGCCACUGAAGUAGAUGAUGGCUGGGACAGUGACAUGUCAUCAAUGCUGUUGCUGGUUCACCUUCUGCCACCUUCAAGCCAAGGCCGAAAAAGACCAGGGAAAAUCUCAGCCAGACAAGCAUGCGAUAGUCUUGUAAAAUUCAUCAAGAUUGGGACCAGCAUCCAAGGACACCUAGACAACAUCCCUGGGAGUCUCCAGCCAUACCUACUUGCUGUUGGUGCCAAGAAGAGCAUGAUCGAGUAUUACUACAUCGUGAUCGACAAACAUGCUCUACCCUGUAAGACCUCAACUGCACUGGCUUGUGUUGAUGAACUUUUCAAAGCACAUUUCGUCUUUGGCACAAGAUACUGUCAGGAAUUGACCAAUGUGUACACCUUUCUGCAAACCACUGUCUAUGACAUAGAUGUGGAAAACACCAAGGUAAAUCCUAGAGUUGCAGAGUUGAGGGCCAGGAUGCUGAAGUAAACUCCUAUGAUCUGCUUCAUUUGUGCAAGAUGUCAUGCCAAUGUCAAUGCCUUGAUUAAGCACUUUAAGUUGUUUCAUGGUCUUUGUCCCGGAAAAACUCUCAGGUUAAAAUGUGCUCAAAGGGGUUGUGCACAUGUAUAUAAUAGUUUUUCUGGAUUACGAAAGCAUCUCACUAGGUGUUCUUUGCGUGACAGUUCAAGUGUUAAUGAAAGUUCAUCUUCAGCCAGUGCCGUUUCCGUUGGAGAUGUAGACCUUUUACCUCAUGAAAAUGUAGCUUGUGAAUCUGAACUCCUUCAAAAAAAUAUAGUGAAAAGUUGUGCGACAAUUGUUGCAGAACUGAAAGUUGCUGGGGUAGCAGAGACCACCAUUAAUAAUGUUGUCAACUCUGUUGGUGAGGUU